AUGGGGCGGUCGCGGGCGAGGGCAAGAGAAACCGAGGGAGGGGUGGCGAGGGCCAAGCGCGAGUCGCACUUCGAAAGCAGUGCUCGCCUGACUCCUAACUUACGCGCAUGUCCUUUGCGUCCGCCCGCCCUACAAUUGCACACCGAGACUCCGUUACAUAACCCCACGGGCGCACUUCUAAUAGUGAUAAGGCUUUUUUCUGUGAUCAUUAGUGUUUGCACGUUUUGCAAGUAG